UCCUCUCUCUAAAAUCCCUUUGUUUAACCCUUUUACUUUCUCUUUUGUUUCUCAUGAUUAUGCAGAUCAGCGUCUAGCCUUCCCUUUUUAACCUUUUUUGUUAAACUUUUUUUGUCAUGAAGAUAAGGAGUUGUAGAAUCCAAGUGUGCGGUCUUUUGAAAUUUUGAAAGGAAAAAGAGAAAGAAAGUAAUAAUAAGAAGAUGUCAACUCCGGGAGCAGCUUCUUCUUCAAAGUUUUGCUUCAAUUCGGACUGUAAGGACUUGAAAUCGGAAAUACCGAUGAAAGGCUGGCGGUUGCGAACCGGAGAGUUUGCCGAGCUCUGUGAGCGAUGCGCUUCUGCUUUUGAGGAGGGAAGAUUUUGUGAUACUUUUCACUUGAAUGCUUCUGGUUGGAGGAACUGCGUGUCAUGUGGGAAGCGGGUUCAUUGCGGAUGUAUUGUUUCAGUUCAUGCAUUUACUUUGUUGGAUGCUGGAGGAGUAGAGUGCAUAGCGUGCGCGAGGAAAAAUGUUGUUUUGGGAUCAAGUUCUUCCUGGUCACAAUCUUUGCUUUUCCAUUCAUCUUUGCCUGAGAGAUAUAAAGAAUAUUCUGCAAAAGGUUGGACUCAGUUAUCUGGUUCACGUCCUGUACCUUGGCGGCAAGCGCCCAGUUUGUUCAGUUCUGUUUCUCAGUCCGAGUUGCAUUCUAGAGUGCCCUAUGAAGUUGACUUAUCCAGUGGCAUUGACAGACUAAUUGUCUGCGACAGAUCAUCUAAUCUUUCUCUGGAAAAGAAGAAAAUUGAGGACUUCUCUGAAAGUUUAAUGAAUGGAAAUCUAAAGCCUGGAAGACGGGAUAUACAGGAGAAGGGAAAUGCAGGAAUCAAUUUUGAGGAGCAUAAUAAGUCAUGUUUGACUAAAUUUCAACAGUCUUCUCUGAAGGAGGAGCCAUCUAAUCCAUCAUUUGGGUUAGCUGUACCUUAUACAUCUCCAGAUGAAGAAAAUGGUCAAAUUGGGGUUUUUGACACGCAUUUACGACCAAGCCCUCAAUUUCCACCUGCCAAGCAAUUUGAUAGCACUCUUCAAAAUGGGCUUGACUCAUCGAGUGAAACUCAGAUUCGAAAUGGGAGGCCUCGACCGGAUGGCCGUGGAAAAAAUAACUUAUUUCCUCGUUAUUGGCCUAGGUUCACUGACCAAGACCUGCAGCAAAUAACUGGAGAUUCAAAUUCUAUAAUAACUCCUUUGUUUGAGAAAAUGUUAAGUGCUAGUGAUGCUGGGCGAAUUGGACGUCUAGUGCUGCCAAAAAAAUGUGCGGAGGCCCAUUUCCCCCCAAUAUCUCAGCCAGAAGGUUUACCUCUUAAAGUCCAGGAUUCAAAAGGAAAGGAAUGGAUAUUUCAGUUCCGCUUCUGGCCCAACAAUAAUAGCAGAAUGUAUGUUUUAGAGGGGGUUACUCCUUGCAUACAGAACAUGCAAGUGCAAGCGGGUGAUGUAGUAACAUUUAGUCGGUUGGAGCCUGGAGGGAAGUUGGUCAUGGGUUUCAGAAAGGCUUCAACUGCUUCAGCAUCUGAUCAGGACAUUGAAGCCAAGAAUAGCAAUGGAAUUUCUAUGCAUGGAGAUGCUGAAAUGGCAGAUCCUAGCUCAUGGUCAAAAGUUGAUAAGUCAGGAUACAUAGCGAAGGAAGCAUUGGGAGCCAAAGUAGCAGUUUCCAGAAAGAGGAAGAAUAGCAUGCCAGGUUCGAAGAGUAAGCGUCUAAGAAUUGAUAAUGAGGACUUUAUAGAGCUGAAAUUACCGUGGGAAGAAGCUCAAGGGCUGCUUCGUCCCCCUCCUAAUCAUGUAGCAAGUGUUGUAGUCAUUGAAGGUUUUGAGUUUGAAGAAUACGAGGAUGCACCGAUUCUUGGGAAGCCAACAAUAUUUGCUACUGAUACUAUGGGGGUAAAGAUUCAGUGGGCUCAAUGUGAAGAUUGUUUUAAGUGGCGAAAAUUGCCUUCUAAUGUACUUCCUUCCAAGUGGACCUGUUCCAAUAACUCAUGGGAUCCAGAAAGAUCUUCUUGUUCAGCCACUCAAGAAUUGACUGCCGAACAGCUGGAAAAUCUGCUGCCACAAUGUAAUCCAGCUGCUUCUAAGAAAAUGAAGGCCACUAAAACAGAACCAGAAAACGUGGAUGCUUUAGAGGGGCUUGACACCCUUGCCAACCUAGCUAUCUUGGGAGAGGGUGAGUCUCUCCCCACUUCAUCUCAAGUCACCACAAAGCACCCCCGGCAUAGACCUGGCUGCUCAUGUAUCGUAUGUAUUCAACCCCCAAGUGGGAAAGGUCCCAAACACAAGCAGACAUGUACAUGUAAUGUUUGUGAAACAGUGAAGAGACGAUUCCGCACCCUCAUGCUGCGGCGUGAGAAGAAACAGUCACGAAAAGAAGCUGAAACCACUGGCAAGAAGCAGCAAACUCCGUUGCCUGAUAAAAUAGGGGAUGGUGACCUUCCCCCUUGCACGAAUGCAGAAAAUUGCAGCCCAAAGACAAAAAAGGUUGCCUCUGAGGGUUCAGACAAUGAUCCUAACAGAGUAAAAUCUUCAACUUCACCUUUUAAAGGCCAAAUUGACUUGAAUAUCCAACCUGAGCGAGAAGAAGAGCUUUCACCUGGUUCUGAUUCCGGCAGCAUGAUGAGAUUGCUUCAAGAUGCCACUGACAUAUACCUUAGACAGCAAAGCAUGUUGACCUCUGGUGGUUAUAGUAAUUUAGAAGUUACUCAGACACAACCUGGUGGAGGCCUAGGAGAAGUAAAAGAUAGCAGCAGUCUCAAUCUAGGAACUAGUCAUCAACAUGUUGACAGGAAGCCUCCAGCAGUUUUCUCUACAGAAGUAUCUGCACCCACACCAACCACUGGUUAGAUCAGUGCAUUAUGUUAUGUUGACAAUUAGCAAGGAAUGAACUAUUAUGCCGAUGCCGAUGGCGGUACAGUUUUGUUUUACACAUCCGCAUUGGCAUUAUUCAUUACAGGCUGUACAUAAAAGAAGAGGGGACAAUAUACUAAUAUCCUCU